CGGCUGGCUCAAAGUCAGAUGCAGUAAUCCUCUUUUUACAAUGUACUGCACAACAAUCAACUGCGGUGCAGUACUAAUGCUUUUAGUAGUAGUUGGAAGGGAUCCAGUACAUGCAAAUCAACGAAUUUCACAAAUCAAAUGUCAAGAGUAUCGCGAUUGGACGACAGCGAAUAGUAUUGAUUGCACUCCCAAUCCGACCCUCAUUCUCGAGAAUGCUGCUGAACCGGGUGAUUUUUCGCAUCACGCAUUAUUCGGCUAUAAAACUGACGGUGAACGCAGCUCCGAGAACUCCACCUACCAGUUCGCCAGCAGCGGCAGUUUGAUAAGCGACCGGUGGAUUUUAGCCGCAGCACACAGUGCGCAGAAUCGACUUGGGGCACCGAUUGUAGUACGUUUGGGAACGAAUAAUGAUGAAGAAAAUGAUCCUCAUAUCGAUUGCGAGAUUGCCGAAAUCAUUAUGUACCCGGAGUAUUCCAAACGCUUGCUUUAUUAUGAUAUCGCGCUGGUUCGACUGAAAGAACCGGUGAAAUUUUCAAAAUACAUUCGUCCAAUUUGUUUGUGGGACUCGAACGAAAUGAAUUUCACUUCGGUUCAGGUUACAGAAUUAGAAACGGCGGAUGAUGGUUUACGCUUGCAAAAUAGUUAUUUUGAAGUUCAAAAUAAAAGCGAUUGCGAAGAACGAUUCCGACGCAUUCGAAAGAUUCCCGAUGGUAUCAAGGAUCAUCAGCUGUGCCUGGUCGGAGAACGCGAAUGGGACAGUUGCCGAGGAGCUUCCGGAUCUCCAGCCACAAUCACUCUUGCCGAAGACGAUUGCGUGGGAUACGUUGUGGGGAUCGGCUCAUUUGGUGCGAACUGCGGUCAAGGACGAACUACCGAUGUUCACACCAAGAUUGGCAGCUUCGUUGAUUGGAUCGAGAGUAUUGUAUGGACUUGAGCAGAUAUUAAUUACCUUCUGGAAUAUACAAUAUUUGUCGAAUCAAAUAAAUUUGUGUUGCAGAUUUUUUG